GCUGGGACUUAAAGUCCAAAAACUGACAGACCCCAUAGUUAGUAUCCUCGCGGACAGUCGUACUAUGAUUGUAGAGGAUUACGUAGAGGGAGUCCAGGCGUAUUUCCGCCUAAAGAAAGAUGAAAAAGUGGAGAAGGUCCUCCACUCCCUGACUCUCCUCGUAGAGGACAGCCUCCCGUUUGAUAUUGUGUUGGGAAUGGAUUGGGGAGAGGCAGCCGGGGCAACGCUCCAUCUAAAGGAGCACGAGUGUAGGCUCCCUAGUUCGUCAGGCGAGGCCAAGACUGCCCGCUUGUUCCAUGUGUCAGGGGUAGAGAAUUCCUUGGCGCACUGCUGCCUUAGUGCCCCCGCGUUCGCCAGACUGGUGAAGAAGGAAGGAUUGGAGGAACAGGUCUUUGUUGUCUGUGUUAGGCCAUUCACUGAGCCUAUGGAGGAGAAACCGAUGGACCCUACGAUUGCCAAACUGCUGGAGGAGUUUCAAGAUUUAACUGAGCCGGCGAUAGGAGUAGUACCGCGGCCCAUCCAACACCAUAUUGAAAUAGAGCCUAGCAGUAGAACUGCUAAGGGUGCGGUGUAUAGGAUGUCCCCAAGGGAGUUAGAGGAGCUGCGGAAGCAGUUAGACGAGCUCCUCGAGAAGGGUUGGAUUAGGCCCAAAUCGUCUCCUUUCGGAGCACAUGUCCUCUUUGUUCCUAAGAAAGAGGGAGAGCUGAGAAUGUGCAUAGACUAUAGGGGUCUGAAUGCGAUUACAGUGAAGAAUGCUGAGCCACUGCCAAGGAUAGACGAUCUUUUAGAUCGAGUGCUGGGGGCCAAGUAUUUCUCCAAGAUAGAUUUAAAGUUCGGAUAUCAUCAAAUAGAGGUACAUCCUGAUGAUCAGUAUAAAACAGCCUUCCAAACCAGGUAUGGGCAUUAUGAGUUUGUAGUGAUGCCCUUUGGACUAACCAAUGCGCCAGCUACGUUCCAGCGCUGUAUGAACGAUUUGUUUAGGCCGUGGUUAGAUAGAUUUGUUGUAGUUUACUUGGAUGACAUUUUAGUGUUUAGUAGGACCCUCGAAGAGCAUCAGGGUCAUCUCAGGCAGGUCUUGGAGAAGCUGAGGGAAGCUAACUUCAAGAUCAAUGCAAAGAAGUGUGAUUGGGCGAAGACCCAGGUUUUGUAUUUAGGCCACGUCUUAGAUGGAGACAGCGUUAAGCCAGAGGAUAGCAAGAUCGCAACGAUUAGAGAUUGGUCCACGCCACGUACGCUGACAGAGUUGCGCUCGUUCCUGGGCUUAGCAAAUUACUACAGGAAGUUCGUGAGGAACUUCUCCACCAUCGCUGCGCCCCUUCGCAGAUUGCUGAGAAAAGAGACAAUCUGGAAGUGGGACAAGGACUGCACGUCUGCGAUGAAGAAAUUAAAGCAGGCGUUGAUAGAGUAUCCGGUCCUUAAGGUCGCCGAUCCGUCCUUGCCUUUUGUCGUCACUACGGAUGCUAGCCAGUACGGCAUAGGCGCGGUGUUGCAGCAAGACGAUGGCAAUGGGUAUAGACCCAUAGAGUUCAUGUCCGCCAGAAUGCCUUCAGAGAAGGUCGCGACAUCUACCUAUGAGAGGGAACUCUACGCUCUCAGGUAAGCGUUAGACCACUGGAAGCACUACUUGCUUGGGAGGCACUUCAAAGUCUAUUCUGACCAUGAAACGUUA